AGCCAUACACUGUUUCCCUUAUGUGAAGAAACGGAUCCCAGUCAUGUAUCAGCAUCAUACUGACCUGAACCCCAUCGAAGUGGCCAUCGAUGAGAUGAGUAAGAAGGUGGCCGAGCUACGGCAGCUGUGCUCCUCGGCAGAAGUAGACAUGAUCAAACUCCAGCUCAAACUCCAAGGCAGUGUGAGUGUUCAGGUCAAUGCUGGUCCACUAGCAUAUGCUCGAGCCUUCUUAGAUGAUACAAACACGAAAAGAUAUCCUGACAAUAAAGUGAAGUUGCUAAAGGAAGUUUUCAG